AAAACACUGAAACCAGGACUUGUAUAAUCAUGCAAGAUUACCUUGAGGCAACAAAAAAAAGAAAAAAAUACUGUAACUGGAGGGUCUCUGAGGAUUUCUGAGUGUCUUUGCUCAGAGUUGGGUUUUCUUACAGCACAGAAGAGCUUUGACGAUCUCUUUCAUACAGUCAUGGAUGAAAAAGGAUCUGUGGAUUCUCUGGACUUAGUGAGCCCUUACCUGUUCACAUACAAAAAGAGGAACUUUCUGGUCAAGGACAUAUUCCGACCCAAGGACUUUGACACGCUCCAGCAUUUUGAGCUCCGUCCAACUGAUGUCCUCCUCAUCACGUACCCCAAGUCAGGYWCAGUGUGGAUGCAACAGAUCAUUGUCCAGAUCAUGGAUCAGGCACACCCUGAACAGGCAGAGGAUGCCAGCAACAGGACCCGAGUUCCUUGGCUGGAGGAAAKAUCUGYGSAUKACCCUAACCGAGAAAGGCCAGAUCCUCGGAUCUUUGGCACACAUCUCCCCCCUGACAUGUUGCCCCUCGCAGUGAAAGAACAGCAAAUCAAGCUUAUUUAUGUUUGGAGGAACCCGAAGGAUAUCCUGGUGUCCCUGUAUCACUUUGCUCAGAGUUGGGUUUUACUGGAAACUCCAAAGAGCUUUGAGGAUUUUUUCCAGCAGUUCCUGGAUGGGAAAGUUUACAUGGGGUCAUGGUUUGAUCAUSUUAAUGAGUAUUCCGCAGCACGGAACCAACUGAACAUCCAUUUUGUGCAGUAUGAGAACMUGUUGAAGGACCUCAGAGGGGAAGUUGUGAAGCUUUGUGCUUUCCUUGAACAAGACUUGACAGACGAAGCAAUCGAUCGUGUUGUGGAGAUGUCCACCUUCAAAAACAUGAAGACCAACCCCAAUGCAAACUAUAAGGACUUUCUCGAAAGAGAACGCUACAAGAAGGAAACCAUGCGCAAAGGGGUGGCAGGUGACUGGAAGAAUCACUUCACAGUGGCCCAGAAUCAGCGUUUUGACAAAGUCUUCAAAGAAAAGAUGAAGAACUUUCCUCUGACCUGCAUCUGGGAGAUGAGUCAGUAGCUGCUCUCCAAUUCAGCUCAGCUCUUUACUGCAGAGAUUGAUUUUCUCCCUCAGUGAUCCACACUGCAACUGCUUUUCACCAGCGUCAGAACUCAUCUCUUUUUGCUGCUCAGGUUAAAAGUUUGGCUCAUCUGUUUUCAUCCUUCCGGGUUUUUUAUCUGCUUCUGAGAUUUUUGCUGCCGCCUCAAUAAAAGAUGUGAAGAUGAAAA